ACUGCAUGCAAUUAAUGCUAGCGGUGUGUCUAACCAAACCCAAAUUCACUAGUCAACUUCUCCCAUUUUUACACUAUAAAUAUUCUCUCUUCAUUCGUUCUCUUUUAUUCACACUCUGCGUUCUCUCUCUAAAAUCUUUCUCUCUCUAUAAUUACUCCUCUGUCCCUCUUCGUCUUCCUCCAUAUCUCUGCUUCUGAUCAUAGCUGAAACAAUUCUGAAACAGUACUGAAACCAUGGUGCUUCAAAUGGUGAUUCUCAAGCUUGCUGACUGGGUUUUAUACCAGCUUCUAGCUAACUCAUGCUAUAGAGCUGCAAGGAAGAUGAGAAGCUAUGGCUUUUUACUAAAAAACUCAUCUCUGAAACCCUCACAACAGACCACUCAAACGUUAAUUCCUAGCGUUAGUAAGUGCAGUUUAGAGAAUAGAGAGUCUGACUCAGUAGUUUGUGACAUUGAUGGUGGCUUGUUAAGAACCAGUUCUUUUUUCCCUUUUUUCAUGUUAGUUGCUUUUGAAGGUGGCAGCUUAAUUAGGGCAUUAUUACUGCUAUUAUCAUGGCCUAUACUGUUUGUUUUGGACUAUGAGAUACAGUUAAGGGUAAUGAUUUUUAUAACUUUUUGUGGGCUUAAGAUUAAGGAUGUUGAGUGUGUGGGAAGGGCAGUUUUGCCUAAGUUUUAUUUGGAAAAUCUUCAUCUUCAAGCUUAUGAGGUUUUAGCUUCAACUGGGUCUAAGUUUGUUAUUACGAGUAUACCUAGAGUUAUGGUUGAAGGGUUUCUUAAGGAAUAUUUGAGUGUUAAUAAAGUUAUGGGUACUGAAUUGCAUUUUGUUGGAAAUUAUUUCACUGGGUUUUUAUCUAAUUCUGGUUUGCUAGUGAAACAUAAAGCUCUUAAAGAUUGGUUUGGAGAGAAAAUUCCUACAAUUGGCCUUGGAACUUCAAGAAUCCAUGAUCAACUAUUAAUCUCCCUUUGCAAGGAAGCUUAUGUGGUGAACAAUAAGGAAGACAACAAAAACACAUCAAAUUCAGUAAUGACAAGAGACAAAUAUCCAAAACCACUGAUAUUUCAUGAUGGGAGAUUAGCUUUUUUGCCGACUCCAUUAGCAACUCUUGGAAUGUUCAUGUGGUUACCUUGUGCUAUAAUUCUUUCUAUUUUUAGAAUCUCCAUUGGUGUUUACCUUCCUUACAAAUUAGCCCUAUUUUUAGGCGUUAUGAGCGGUAUAGAAAUUAAAACCAAAGGCCUUAACCCUUCAAACUCAAACUUAUUUCACAAGAAAGGUGUUCUUUAUGUCUGCACACACAGAACAUUAUUAGACCCGGUCUUUCUAAGCACAUGUUUAGGUAAACCAUUGACUGCUGUUACCUAUAGCUUAAGCAAAAUGUCUGAACUAAUUGCACCUAUUAAGACAGUUAGGCUGACUAGAGACAGAAAAAUAGACGGUGAAACCAUGCAAAGACUGUUAAACGAAGGUGAUUUAGUAGUGUGUCCUGAAGGAACUACAUGCAGAGAGCCAUAUUUGCUGAGGUUUAGUUCAUUAUUUGCAGAAUUAGCCGAUGAGAUCGUUCCGGUUGCGGUAAAUACUAGUGUAACUAUGUUUUAUGGCACGACAGCAAGCGGGUUAAAAUGUUUGGAUCCAAUUUUCUUCAUGAUGAACCCUAGACCGAGCUACCAUAUUCAAAUUCUUGAGAAAUUGCCGAGUGAACUUACUUGUGCUGGGGGGAAAUCUAGCUGUGAAGUUGCUAACUAUAUCCAAAGAAAACUUGGUGAUGCGUUGGGGUUUGAGUGUACUACUCUUACAAGAAAAGAUAAGUAUUUGAUGUUGGCUGGAAAUGAAGGAGUUGUUCAGGAAAAACAAAGGAAACAUUAGAUAGAUAUAUAAAUAUGUCAUUAAUUAGCAGGUGGUUUUUAUUUUAUUUUAUUUUAUUUGUUUUUAUAAAGAGUUAAUAUUAUAAAUAUAUCAUACUGUUUUGGGA